AUGGGAAAUCAAUUAGGAACUCUUAAAAAGGAAGAGGUAGAGCUCCUUCAAAAUUCAUCACAUUUUGAUUCUAGAGAAUUAAGAGCAUUAUAUAAACAGUUUAGAAAAGAUUCACCAUCUGGAACUAUUAAUAAACAAGAAUUUAAAGAGAUAAUGACACAAAUGGGUGUAGGUGAUCAAUUUCUACAAGAUUUAUUAUUUAAUGUAUUCGAUAAAAAUAAAGAUUCAACAAUAAACUUUCAAGAGUUUGUAUGUGGUUUGUCUUCAAUAACUAGAGGUACUCCAGAGGAGAAAAUAGAAUUUGCAUUUUCAUUAUAUGAUAUCGAUGGUAAUGGAUAUAUAACAAGAUCAGAGAUGGAAUCAAUUUUAGAGAGCAUGUAUAAAUUAGUUGGAACAUUUGUAACAUGUUCUGGUAAAAAGUUUGAUCCUCAUGAUUUAAUAGAAGAAUUUUUCGAUUCAAUGGAUGAUGAUGGUGAUGGUUAUAUAUCCUUAGAAGAAUAUAAAAGAGGAACUUUAAAAAAUCCUGACAUAAUUCAAGGUUUAAAAUUAUUAAAUCAAUAG